AUGACAUACGACACCGAUGAAUACACCAACCCCUACAAAAUCAAUAUACAAUUAGAGGAGGAGGAGGAUGACAGCAACCGUAAAGAGGUUUUCGAAAAAGGACUGGAUGCACUCUUAGACGAUGAGCAUUUUUUGCUGCUCUAUGUGCCUAAAGAAGAAGGAGUCAAGAUGCAAAUCAUACGACCGGCCACUAAUCUAUUCCAUCGAAAAUGCAUGGUCAAAAGGAUUAAUGAAGCCAAACACAUUCCUUCUUUUUACUACGCGCUAUCACACCUUUGGGGCCUCUCUGAAGACAACCGGUACCACUGGAAUGACAUUAAGGAAUACGUGGAUGAUGAAGAUGGACAACCUGUCAAACCUGUUUCCAUGCGACCUGAAAAACGAGAUACAUUACUAAGAUUACUCAGGGAUCAUCCUGAUAGCUAUUGGUGGAUUGACGUUUUGUGCGCACGCACCGAUACACCCUUGGACAUUAUGGGCGACAUCUAUGCUUGUUGUCUUGAAUGUAUCGCCAUGAUUGAUUGUGAACCGACACUGAUACCACAACUUCGUGUCUUGAGGAGUGUCACAAAAAAGGUUGAGGAAUUGUAUCGCACAGCAGGAGGAAAUCCCGUAACACGCAAGCAGAUUUAUGAAACCAAAGGACCCCAACUACUUGACCUCUUGGACACAUUCUUUCAAAGACGAUGGUGGCAACGUGUAUGGACUUGGCAGGAGAUGGCCCUACCUAUGGGAGAUGUGCGCUUUAUGGCUGAGGCAGACACUCACCACCAGCCUCAAACCAACAGCACAAUCACUUUGAAUGAAUUACUUGGGUUCAGUACAAUGGUGUGCCUUAUGAGGAGUCAUGUUGUACACGGAGACGUGAGUGCAAUGAAAUCAGUAGCCCGUACAGUUGACUCAAGUCUCUACGAGAUAUCCCAUGCGAGAUCGUCAAACUUACUCCGUAUCUCUGGAAGCAAGGAUAGAUUUGACAGCCUCAUUUUCUCAUUAAUGUCAUCCAGCCGACGCUGUUACGAUCCUGCUGAUUAUGUUUAUGGUGUGUUAGGGAUGAUGCAAAUCAAGAUCCCAAGGAAAACUGAUGCGAAUGAAGUUUGGAUGCAUUUGUUGCAUGAGCUGGGUAAUCAUGGUGAGCUUUAUAUGCUUGGCUUCCGAUGCAUUGGCCGUGAACACGAAAUCGAUUUACGUAAAGCUAAAACUAUCGGUGAAGUUUAUUCCAAAUUGUUUCAAGUCUAUCAUGCUUUUUAA